AUGACCCUCGCUGGUUCAUUACCUCAUUUAGUUCUGAAAGAAAUUUUUAAUGAAAUUGAAGGAUUAAUGUCAACGGACAGAUACCAGAUUUUGUUAUCAUGUGCACUAGUUAAUCGUCAUUGGUGUCAUGAAGCAUUACCAAUAUUAUGGCGUCGUCCGCUCAAUUGUCGUCGUGAACAAUACUCAAAACUCAUAAAAGUUUAUUUACAAUUCAUCGAAUCAGGGUAUCUAAAUUUUUUGGGUCUUAAUUUAAAUAUCCCCACUAAAGUUUCAUUCUCGUCAUCAUCCUCGUUUUUACCGUUUCUAUAUCCAUCAUACAUAAAAUACAUCGAUUUUGACAUUUUUUUUGACGCGGUUCAAUGUUGGAUGACAACCGACGGAGAUUUCGAAAGGGGAAAAAAUCGAUUGAAUUGGAUGCCACAAUGGUUUCAUCGCGAACGACCGAUUCUUCAUGAUACGUUUUUCAAGGUUAAACGAACCCUCGUACAGGCUCUGUUGAGAAGCUUUCUUUCGAGCGGUGCAAGGUUGAAAAGUAUCUCAUUUUCAAUUCAUCAGAAUAAAGAUCCAAACGUCGAAGAAUUUUUGUGGCCUUUUGAUGAGAGUGUUCGUCCAUUGAUUGCGAAUAUAAGAGUAUUGACGGUUUCCGGAAUGUUUCGUAAGGAGAAUAUUUUUGCUGAACUUUCUAAAAUUUGCAAGAAUUUGCAAACGAUGGAAAUAGCGAUCGAAGGAAAUACCGACGCAUCAGGGACACAAUCUCCAAAAGAAUACUUAAAUCUUGGCUCACUAAUCCAAGCACAAAAAGGCUGUCUCAAAUCUCUCAAUAUAACACUCCGAGAAAAAAACCGAUCGUUCAUCGAACUACUACUCCCUUCAAUCUGGACAAAUUCUUCGACACUACAAAACUUGCGUCUAUGUACCGCCGAUUUUCGUGACGUAAAACGACCACUUGCAGAACUAUCGUCUUGUUAUCAGCUACGGUCGUUGGAAUUUAGUUAUUGUAAAGGACUGACGACAGAGUCAAUUUCACCAUAUGUUGCUCCGGCGGUGAAUCCUUAUCUGAAAAGAAUUCGUGUUCUUGGAGAAUACUAA